GAUGAGAAGCAGUCGGCCACUACGCUGCUGGUGGGUCCACGGCACGGCAUCGGUCACGUGAUCGACCUGAAGAACAACCUGACCACGGUUCUGACAGAGUUCAGUCGCGUUGCUAAGAUACAGCUACACCGGGAGAACCAGGGCGUUGCCCGCGUAGAGGUGGCCAUACAUGAGGCCAAGGUAUAUGACAGACUGAACACAUAUACAACUAUAGAUUUAGAAGGACAUUAUGAAGCUCAGGGUGGAACUCAAUAGAAUGAGAUUUGUUUGUUUUGCCAGAAAUCAUUGCACCAUACUAGUAGGACAUGCUACCUAACAUUGAUUUUUGCUGCACAGAAGAAUUCCUUUCAAAUUAAAUUUUAUUAAAUCAAACCUGCAACAUAAACCAAGUUGAAAUGGUGAUUACAUUAAAUAUACAGUCAAAUGCUUUGUUGAAAUCUCCUAAUUUCUCUCCAUCCCUGCUCCAACCUCUCCAACCUCUGUGUAUGAAUGUGUGUGUUUCGGAGGGGCUGGGAUAAAGCCAAUAUAUACAUCAUUGAAUAAAGCAGAAGACACAUUUCCGUUGGACCUUGUGUACAAUUGGACAAUAACGGAAUCUUAAUCAAAAUCUUAAUUAUCCACUUCCCCCCCUGCAGCCUCUGGUCCUGUUGAUGGAGUGGCCUGAUGCCAGUAACUUCGCCUGCCUCACCUCCGGCUACUAUAAGCUGUUCGUGGAUCCCAAACGGACCAUCUACUACAGGACACCUGGUCAGUCUUAUAUGAUCAAGGCAGGUAUGUUAGUAGUCACUUCCUUGAUUUAUUAGGACUUGCAAUGAAACUGCAUAUUCACAAUAUCUGUUGAUGUUUAAGAAAUGUACACUACAUGACCAAAAGUAUGUGGACACCUGCUCGUCGAACAUCUAAUUCCAAAAUCAUGGGCAUUAAUAUGGAGUUUGUCCCACCUUUGCUGCUAUAACAGCCUCCACUCUUCUGGGAAGGCUUUCCACUAGAUGUUGGAACAUUGCUGCGGGGACUUGCUUCCAUUCAGCCACAAGAGCAUUAGUGAGGUCGGGCAUUGAUGUUGGGCGAUUAGGCCUGGCUCGCAGUCAGCAUUCUAACUCAUCCCAAAGGUGUUCGAUGGGGUUGAUGUCAGGGCUCUGUUCAGGCCAGUCAAGUUCUUCCACACCGAUCUUGACAAACCAUUUCUGUAUGGACCUCGCUUUGUGCAUGGGGGCAUUGUCAUGCUGAAACAGGAAAGGGCCUUCCCCAAACUGUUGCCCCAAAGUUGGAAGCACAGAAUCGUCUAGAAUGUCAUUGUAUGCUGUAGCUUUAAGAUUUCCCUUCACUGCCUAGCACAAACCAUGAAAAACAGCCCCAGACCAUUAUUCCUCCUCCACCAAACUUUAGAGUUGGCACUAUGCAUUAGGGCAGGUAGCGUUCUCCUGGCACCGCCAAACCCAGAUUCGUCGGUUGGACUGCCAGACGGUGAAGCGUGAUUCAUCACUCCAGAAAACACGUUUCCACUGCUCCAGAGUCCAAUGGGGGCGAGCUUUACACCACUCCAGCUGACGCUUGGUAUUGCGCAUGGUGAUCUUAGGCUUGUGUGCGGCUGCUUGGCCAUGAAAAUCAAUUUCAUUAAGCUCCCGACGAACAGUUCUUGUGCUGACGUUCCUUCCAGAGGCAGUUUGGAACUCGGUAGUGAGUUUUGCAACCGAGGACAGACGCGCUACGCAAUUCAGCACUCUGCGGUCCCGUUCUGUGAGCUUGUAUGGCCUACCACUUCGCGGCUGAGCCGUUGUUGCUCCUAGAUGUUUCCACAUCACAAUAACAGCACUUACAGUUAACCGGGGCAGCUCUAGCAGGGCAGAAAUUUGACGAACUGACUUGUUGGUAAGGCCAUUCCACUGCCAAUGUUUGUCUAUGGAGAUUGCAUGGCUGUGUGCUCGAUUUUAAUAGCCGAAUCCAUUCAUUUGAAGGGGUGUCCACAUACUUUCGUAUAUAUAGUGUAUCUGUAAGUCUAGUGUUUCGGGAGGUGUUACAGAGAUUCCAUUAUUAUUAGCUUUAGAUAAAACUGAAAAUAUUUUUCAUUUACGGUUAAAAUAAUUUCCAUACUGUUUGCUUUGGCUAUAUUUUGUAACAAUAAAACUCAGCAUCCAAACUCAGCAUCCAAAGCCCCAUUGACUGCAUAUCAGUUUGCAUCUCAAGGAUUCCAUUUACAGGUUUUUGUGUGUGUCUGCAAGUGUGAGGCAUUGCAUGUAAACCAUUAUACUGCAACCAACUCUGCUCAAUCUACCUGGACUGAGACCUGCUUCUCCAUAAUGCAUCUGUGCAUCCGGACCUAAACCAUAUCAACAGCUACCAAUCACCUCUGCUGUCUCUCGUCCCAUCUCCAUCCUGAGAUCUCAUCUUCAUUGGACUAUUCUCUCCCUUUUCCUUGCAUAGGGUAACAUUUUGGGGUUUUGCCUUGCUUUUCUCUCUCUAAUCAAAUAUACAUGUACUAUUCAAACAUGCACAGGUCUGUUUCCAUCUGCUGUGGUGGUGUGCCUGCAUGAGAGGAAGGCCGCUACAUCCCAUAACAUCCCACCAGACUUACCUCAAACCUCCAACUCCAAUCUCCAGCAUCCAUCACUGAAAAAAUCCACCAACCUUCACCUCUAUUUUCCCAUGAGGACCCACUCCAUCCUCCCAUGCGAUUCCUCACCUCUCAGCCUCUCAACAGCUCUGACAAUUCUGUCCUCAGAUUACAGAGGUUCCCACCACGCCCACCCGCGCUCCGGCGCCACAGCGGCGUCCAGUGGGGACCGACGAGGGGACGAGAGGGAAAGACCCCAUACGAGGGACCCAGGGUCCCAGUCUAAGAAGACAGCGACAGCCACACUGCUCGCAGAGUCCCAACACCUGGGUCUAUGCCACGUCCAUCUCCGGGAGCCACAACAGCUGCAGGAGCUCCAAAUGCAGGCAGAACCCGAGCUCGACAUCAAUGAGAACUUCAUUUCCCAAGAGGCACCAGAGCGGCCCCGUACCAAGUCUGACCCAAUGCUCCAGAGCACGGAGAUGAUCGCCAGGAGGCCAGAGAGCCCCGUCCAGGAGAGCUCCGUGGUCUUCAGGAGCAGAGCCCAAACCAUGGGGCAGUCCCAGCGAACUACACAGUUCUUCUGUGACUCCUGCAAGGCCAGGUUGAGGGCAGAGGGAAUGGUUGUGGCCUUGAACGGUGGAAGCAGCGGCGCCUCGUCGAAGCACUGCUCCAGCGCCUGUGCCUCCCGCGACGGAGGUGCAGUAGACCUCAUGGCCCUGCCUCCCCCGGGGAACGAAGAGGGGGAAGAAGAGGUGGAGGACGUAGGAGGAAAGCUGCAGCCGCUCCCGCCGGCCAUUGCUGCCCCUCCGCCUGGGUUCAGGGACAACAGCUCGGACGAAGACGACUCCAAGAGAGGACGGAAGUCUCAACCCAACCCCAACCCCACUCCCAGUCCAAGCACUGCAACCGGGGCUGCUGCCGGCAAGAGCUCUGCCAAGGCUUCUGCCAAGGAAGUGGUACUGGCUCCAGAGGAUGUCCCGGUGACGUUGAUAGACAACGUGGCAACCAGGACAGUACGGGACCAUGCCCAGGAGCUGGAUGAUGCUCUGGUAUCCACUCUGCAGGCACUGGAGGCCCUAGCUGCAUCAGAGGACUUCCCCCAUCACCACCAACAGCCAGCUCAGACCACAGGUCAACAUGCUGAGUCAUGCUACAUGGACUUCAUCUCAUAUAGAGAGUCUAAUCUAACCACCAAGGGCUCUUUUUAGAACUAAUGGUUCAUUUUAGGGCAGAUUGACUACUAAGGGCACUUUGAAAUGUUUUUAUACACUGAGUGCACAAAAUAUUUGGAACACAAUCCUAAUAUUGAGUUGCACCCCCUUUUGCCCUCAGUCGUCGGGGCAUGGACUCUACAAGGUGUCGAAAACGUUCCACAGGGAUGCUGGCCCAUGUUGACUCCAAUGCUUGCCACAGUUGUGUCAAGUUGGCUAGAUGUCCUUUGGGUGAUGGACCAUUCUUGAUACACACGGGAAACUGUUGAGCAUGAAAAGUGCCUUUGAACGGGGUAUGGUAGAAGGUGCCAGGCGCACCGAUUUGAGUGUGUCAAAAACUGCAAUGCUGCUGGGUUUUUCACGCUCAACAGUUUCCCAUGUGAACAACUGUGGCAAGCAUUGGAGUCAACAUGGGCCAGCAUCCCUGUGGAACACUUUCGACACAUUGUAGGCUGGUAUAAUUCAAGUUCAACGCUUUAACAUCCCAAAACAGAGACAAAAAGACUGAUUAUGUUUUGACGUGUUGUUUUACAGCACACUGUUUGACACUGAACAUAGUCUCUUGUGUUAUAUAUUUUGAUAGCGAGAGAAACACAAGAGUUCACUCAGUCUUGAUAAAAAUUAAGUUUGAUGCAAAACAAGGUUUUACUCACAGACGGUUGGCAGAGCUUUAAAAGAAACACCAAGGGAUUUUGAUGAGUCAGUACUUAGAAACAGUGUAUUUGAUGUGCCAUCUUUCAGCAAUCAAUGACUGCUUUCCAUCUGUCUGUGAUGUUGCAUGACUUCCUUGUGACCCUGAUUGUGUCUUGUGUUUCCUUCUUUCCAUAGGUUUGAUCGUGUUGGCGGCCAUUACGCCUGAGUCAUCGCUGGACUCAGGGCACGAGACCAACUCCUCGGAGCUGACAGAUGUCUCAGAGAUGGUGUCGGCCAUGAAGCAGCACCAGAACCAGGCCUAUCUGCUGGCCCACCAUAUCAACAAGGAGCGUAUCUUCAGUCGCAGGGACUUCCCCUUGGCCAUACCAAGCUGCACCACCCAGACUAUAGAGGGCGGUCCGUUCUCCAUGGGUCAGAUCCGCGGCGGCUGCCCCUCGAAGCCAGUGACCCUCAGUAAGACUGUUCCCCUAAAGCUCAGCCCUGGUCAGGAGACUGCCAGUCCAGGUCUCAGCUCAGUGGAGCAGGGGAGUAACGUUACCCAAGACCCGUCGCAGUGUGAGCCGAGUGAUGGCAAGAAGGCAAAACCAGAGCCCACCAAAGCGUGCACCCCAGACCACCCUGCAAAUUCGCCUGGGGAGCUGAAAGUGUCCGAUCCAAGGCAGGCACCCAAGGUCGGCAAGGAUCAAAGGUCACCCUGUUCUGCUGUAGGCAAACUAAGCCCGAAUCUCUCUGCGGGGGUCAAGGGGAAGAAGUCUGCGCCUCCGAGCCCGGACCCUACCAACAAAGCCUUACCUAUUCUCUUGCCUGUGGACAGAACUGCCUCCGCCAAGAUUUGCCCCACAAACAUGUGCCAAGAUGCCGAGACUGCCUCUAGCGAGACCAUCAAGCCUUCAAGCUCUAAAGACCUCUUGCCAGUUGAUGACCUGUUCUGCACAUGCCCAGUGAGAGAACCCGGGCCAGAGCUAAGACUGAAGGAUCCACAGAUCCAGAAGGUGGUGGUGUUCCACUCCUCUUCCCCAACAGACGAUGAGCGUCUUCGGGCCAAAGGCCUCCAACUAGCCAGCAGCAAAGAGAGCGCAGCGAAAGAAGCAGGAGGAGGAGGAGCAGACCCCGUCUUGGCCAAGCCCAGCCCGCAGGUCCCAACCAAGUACUCCCAGUCCCCACACAUACCUGUGAAAGCUGAGAGGAAGGAAGCAGCAGAGGCCAAGGCAGAGAGGUCCCAGGGUAAAGCUCAAGCUGAGCCACAGAAAUGCCCCCCAAAGACAAUACCUCUCCUGGGAGACCCCACACACCCUACCUGCUCUGUGGACAAGGUCUCCACUCUCCCAUCUGCCAACAGCAAGAAGCAGGGCGGUGGUAAAGGGAAGGCCCAACGUAGCACCCCCUUCCUGAGUAUCAAGAACCUCCUGUCGGCCACGUUCCCAGCUCGGAUUCGGCGGGAGACUGACGAACGCCGAGCCCAGCUCCAGAAGGUCCGGCAGUACGAGUUAGAGUUCCUGGAAGAACUUCUGAAGCCCAAGUCAUCCAGGAGUGAGUACCUACCCCAGGGGUCCUCGCCAGUCCCCUCAGGCACCCCCUGUGCUUGCCAGCUCCGUACAAGUCCUGUGCUAAAAGCCCCCGGCAUCUCCCGAGAGCAACGCCGCAGCUGCGACUGCAAGAGGAUGUGCAGAGGCAUCCGACUACCUGAUACGCCGGUCGGCUCAACUGCAGAGCCACAGCAGCAUAGAGGCAGAGAGAGAUCCCUCUCCAAGUCUCCUCCAGCAACCUCCAAAACCCCUCACCCACAGGGAGGUCUGAGGAGACCUCAGACCUUAGAGAUCAAGACCACCCGAAUCCGUUCGACCAGUCUAGAGUCGCGGGAACCCAGGGGGGAGCAGGCUUCCUGCUUGCCCACCUGCACCUCCCGCACACCAGACUGCAUGGGCGCCCCACAGUACAAGAAGCUCCAGAGGCGGUAUAGCAUUGGGGAGGUGGACAACGCUGAAGGCACGCCGCUUUACGCCGAGGUCAAACCCAAAGCCAAGAGCCUGGAGAAGGAGAUGGAGCGAGUGAGGGCCACAGGACUGAGGCUUCCAACGCCCGUGGAGCCCGUUCACAAUCAAACUCAAACUCAUACGGCUGCUGCAGAGGCGAAGGGGAAGAAAGGAGUGUUCUUCAUCCAGGGAGAAGAGCUGCUGCGGGAGAACAGAGAGGGGGCACCGACGGAGAUGCUGCUGGGGCUGCCUAGUGAAGACAGUGACGACAGGGAGAAGUGCUGCUCCUUCUGUUUCUGCUACAGGAAAUGUGAGGCGGCAGACGAGAGCAGCGAAAAAGAAGAGCUUUCCUAUUCCAUUCCCCUCCAGGUCCUGCCUGGGAUGCAGCUGAACUCUCAGACCUUGCCCGUCGUCAGCAAAACACUCCAGGUCCUCCACGCUGAGGGAUGCAGCGGGGAGGAGGAAGAAGUAGAGGAAGAAGAAGAAGAGGAAGAGGAGCUGCAGGAGAUCGACCUCCGGGCCUGCGGGACUCUGGAGGGGAGCCUGGCGAGGGUCCAGUCCCUGCAAGGAAAGACGUUCAGCCUGCCAGACGGUUUCCUCAAUGCCCAGCUGGAUGCUAAUGAGCUGCUAGCCAUCCUGCGACAGUGCGCUAACAUUCCCCAGGUGGAUAACGAAUCACGCCUCCAGCCGUCCCGGAUCGCCGAGUACAAGCAGGAGCUGGCGAUGCGCUUCAAGGAGUUCAGGGCGGCGUGCAGGCGGGUGGCGAGCGUCGAGAAGAGCCCCACGCGCAUGCUGAGCGUUGUUACGGCCAGCUUCCUGGUCCUCUGCGAACUGACUCAGACCUUCAUCAAGCUGGUUAGAGGGGUGCGUUCAGAGGCCCAAAGGCUGCAACUGCUGCGGAAGGUUGAAGAGGUUGCUAUCAAUUACACUUUGCUGUUGCGUGCAGCCGAGGAGGCGAUGGGCCACUCCAGUAGUCUGCCUAACAAGAGCGUGAGUCCCCAAGUUACUACAACAAACACCAACAUGGGCUCCCUCUCUCGCCCAAUCAAAACCCUGCCCACCCAGUAG